AUGUCCGCCGCUAAGACCCGCGCCCAGUCCCUCAUCGACGAGAACGCCGUCGUCGUCUUCUCGAAGUCUUAUUGUCCUUACUGCGACUCUUCGAAGAAGUUGCUCAAGAGCCUCAAUGCCAAGUUCACUGUGCUUGAAUUGGAUCAGGAUGAGGAAGGAUCCGCUAUCCAGAGCGCACUCGCUGAGAUCUCCGGCCAGCGCACCGUGCCCAAUAUCUACAUUAAGCAGAAGCACAUUGGUGGGAACUCGGACCUUCAGGCUAAGAAGGAUCUGAAGGAGUUGCUUGCCGAUGCUGGUGCUCUUUAA